AUGUCGAGGACGGAGGCGGCGAAGAGCGGCACAGCCGCACCGGUGCGGUGCCAACGGAUCGGCUGCGACGCCGUAUUCAGCGACGACGACAACCCCGAGGGCUCCUACCAAUACCACCCCUCCGGUCCUAUGUUUCAUGACGGCAUGAAAGAAUGGAGCUGUUGCAAGCAAAGAAGCCAUGAUUUCAGUUUAUUUUUGCAGAUACCUGGAUGCACAACAGGGAAGCAUACAACCGAAAAACCAAUCACAAAAGCUGUUUCAACUAACCGUACAAAGGCAACACCAAUCCAGUCUUCUAAGCAGGGUGUGGGAGUUGAUGCGUGUGCAAGGUGUCGUCAAGGUUUCUUUUGCUCUGAUCAUGGAUCACAGCCCAAGCCACAAAAACAAGCUGCUAUGGAAGUUACAAACAAGGAACCUGCUGAGGAAUCUUCUGUUCCGCCACCCAAGAAAAGGAUCGAUAUAAAUGAACUGAGGACAUGUAAAAAUAAAGGAUGUGGUAAAUCCUACAAGGAGAAGGAUAACCAUGAUUCUGCAUGUGACUACCAUCCAGGUCCUGCCGUUUUCCAUGACAGGAUGAGAGGGUGGAAAUGCUGUGAUAUUCAUGUCAAGGAAUUUGAUGAGUUUAUGGAGAUACCUCCAUGCACAAAAGGUUGGCAUAAUGCUGAUGCGGUGUGA